AUGGCGGCGUGGCGCGUGGAAUCCGCCGUCGCCGCCGCCGCGGGCGACGAACCUGCGCUCGCGGGCGCCGGCGCCGCGGCCAUCGUCGCCGGCGCCUCCCUCGCGAUCGCCCGCGUCGCCGGAGUUUCCGGCGACGACAAAUCCACGCACUACGACGGCGAGACCUACGACGGACUCCCCACCGUCUACGACAUCCCCGCCAUACGCGAGUACUGGAGCGAGCGACCGCUGGCGGCGGGAAAGCGCGCGGGCGGCCUCGUCGCCAAGCUCUCUCAAUGGGCUUUAUCCGUCCUCUCCGACGUCGCGACCGGAAACGUCGAGACAAACUCUCGAAAACGCGCGGCGGCGAUGCGCGACCUGAUCAGCGAGCAGGGCCCCGCGUUCGUCAAGGUUGGGCAGGCGAUCGCGAUCCGUCCCGAUCUCCUGCCCCAAGCCUACCUGGACGAGCUCCAAAAGCUGCUCGAUCAGGUUGCGCCCUUCGGAAGCGACGAGGCGAGGGCGACGAUCGAGGCGAGCUUGGGCGACGGGGUGACGCUCGACGACGUCUUCGAGGACGCCGCGACCGCGUUCGCGCAGCCGGUCGCCGCCGCGUCCAUCGGGCAGGUGUAUAAGGCGACGCUGAGGCUGGACGCGCCGGGCGUGGACCAAUCGGAAUCCAACGCUUGGGGCCGCGUUGUCGCCGUCAAGGUGCAGCGGCCGGAUAUCCUCUCCGUCGUCACCCUGGACCUGCUCGUCAUCCGGUCCCUCCUCGAGGCCGCCGCGCGAAUCCCCACCGGUAACAACGCGCUCCUCGAGCAGGUGGUGCAGACCGCGGAGGGUUUCAUCCCCGUCCUGGACGUCGCCGCGGAACGGUUCAUGGAGGAGCUCGACUACGGGCUGGAGGCGAACAACGCGUCGAGGUUCGAGGCGGAUAUGGCGCGAACGGAGGUGGUCCGCGGCGCCGUCAAGGUUCCGCACGUCUUCCGCGGCCUUUCCGGGCGGUGCGUGCUGACGCAGGAGUGGGUGACGGGGCGUAAGCUCACGGAGAUCACCGCGGAUCCCGCCAGCGGCCCGGUGCGGGCCAAGUUGGUGCAGACGCUGCUGAACAGCUACAUGGUGCAGUUUCUCGACACUGGCUUUCUCCACGCGGAUCCGCACCCGGGUAACUUCAUGCUCAUGCCCGACGGCCGCCUGUGCAUCCUCGACUACGGCAUGAUGACGGAGAUUUCGCAGGACCAGAGGAUCGCGUUCAUCGAGUACAUCGCCCACCUGUCCGCGCGAGAGUACGAUAAGACCUUGGGCGACCUCGUCAACCUGGGCUUCGUCCCGGCUUCGCUGGCGGAUGAUCCCGCCAACAGGGCCAUCGUCACGGACGCGCUCAACGCGCAGUCCGCGUCGCGCGUGGGCGAGCUCAGCGAUAAGCUCGAGGCUCUCGCCAAGGACUACCCGCUUCAGCUUCCGCCGUAUUUCGUGCUCAUCCUUCGCGCUUUCGGCACCCUCGAGGGACUGGGCCUGAGCGUGGACGAGAACUACGCCAUCGUCGACGAGUGCUUCCCGUACGUCGCGCGUCGAAUGCUCGCGGACGACUCCCCGCGCAUGCGCGCCGCCUUGCGAUCCUUCGUGUACGGCGGCGGCGACAGGCUCAAGGUGAGCCGCGUGCGUGA